CUGGAGCUCCUCUAAGCUCGGUUGUUGACACUUUCCAAAAAGUCAGCACUGCACCUAUACGGAUAACCGAGACGCUGUCACAGCUUUGGUUCCUCUCUGUUUCUCGGUACCAGGACGGAUAACUGUCCUUCACCGAAAGCCGGGGACAGCCUGUGUAGAUGUCCCCUUCUGACCGUGUGUGAGUUUUAACUUUUCUCAUUCCCUGCAAACUCGCCACGCGGUCCGUGCCUCACCCUGGUGCCCACGAGACGGAGAGGAAUGGCAGAGAAGCGGAGAACUCCGUGUGCGCUCAGCGUCAAGGCGCACGCCUUCUCGGUGGAGGCGUUGAUCGGUGCGGAAAAACGACGCCGGACGAGCGGAGAGGAUGCUGCGGUGUCUCCCGGCGGCUACGAGGGUGGGAAUGAUGUUUCAGAUUUAACCGGGAGUCCGGCGCUGAGAGGCGGCAGAGCGUGCAGCAGCGACCUGGGCAGCGAGACUGAAUGUAUAAGCGACGGAUCACCGGAGAGCGUGGACGCCCUACUGGAGAGCCCGCAGCCCGCAGCCGCAGCGUGCGCGGGGCCCGGGGCCGGGAGCGGAGAGGAGACCCGCGUGGAGCUGCAGGGAUCGGACCUGUGGAAGCGGUUCCACGAGAUCGGCACGGAGAUGAUCAUCACCAAGGCUGGACGGCGGAUGUUCCCCGCCAUGCGUGUGAAGAUUACGGGUUUGGACCCCCAUCAACAGUAUUACAUUGCCAUGGAUAUAAUCCCGGUGGACAACAAGCGAUACAGGUAUGUGUAUCACAGCUCCAAGUGGAUGGUAGCAGGGAACGCUGACUCCCCUGUUCCUCCUAGAGUAUACAUCCACCCAGACUCUCCCGCUUCAGGAGAAACUUGGAUGCGUCAAGUUGUCAGCUUUGACAAACUCAAACUGACCAAUAACGAGCUGGAUGACCAGGGACAUAUCAUUUUGCACUCCAUGCACAAGUACCAGCCACGGGUCCAUGUCAUCCACAAGGAGUUUGGAGAGGAGUUAUCUCCAGUGAGAGCCAUCCCUAUCGGGGAGGGCGCUCGCACCUUCUCCUUCCCUGAGACUGUUUUCACCACUGUCACAGCAUAUCAGAAUCAACAGAUUACAAGGCUGAAAAUUGACAGAAACCCAUUUGCCAAAGGCUUCAGAGACUCUGGCCGAAAUCGGAUGGGUUUAGAGGCUUUGGUGGAGUCCUAUGCAUUCUGGCGUCCAUCCCUGAGAACACUCACAUUCGAGGACAUCCCUGGGAUGGCCAAGCAAGGGAUCCCAGGACCUCAUGGAGGAGUUGGAACAUCGUCUCAUCUGCUCUCCACAUCCCCAUGCUCAUCGCCUUUCCAGGUUUGCCCUCUCAGCCCACCAGACUACAGCUGUAGUAGGCCCACACACCCCCUCCACUGCUACAGCAACCACCCUGAGCCAUUCCCCCCUCCUAGAGGUCCGUCUGGUUAUGAAGGUGAAGGAUUCCGCUCCCUUGCUCUUCCUGCAGCUCAGCUCGGUUAUCUAUCCAACCCUACCCCACAAGGUUACGCUGGGCUGCGCCUUCACACACCACCCUAUAGCCUGUAUGGCUAUACAUUCCCCCCAUCACCACGUCUUGCUGCCAGCCCUGAUAAGAUGGCCACUGCCAGUCAUCAGAGUCCCUUUCAUGGCUCAUCUCCCAGCGGCACUUUAACAGACAGCCUCGGCAUGCUUAGUGGAGGACAGCAGGGCUUCCUGUUUGACACCCGGACUUUAGGAGUGGCAGGUAGCCAACCAGGAGGUGUUGUGUCACAGGUCACUGCCCAUAUGGGAUGAAUUUAACCCUGGCUUUUGAGGAAAACCUGGCUACACCCUGGUAUUGAUGCAUACGUCAUUUGGUUCAGAGCAUUCUAUGCAUUGAAUAUCCAUGUACCUGACCUUUGGACAGGCAGAGAAGAGGGACAGAUCAAAUAAAAAUAUGAACUUCUCAAAGUUUUAUUUGGGGAAUGUUUCCUAUCUCUUGAGCGUGGUUCCUGUAAGUUACUUGUACAGCUGUAUUGGUUACUGAGGAAACAAACAUAAAGAAGGAGUUUGUAAGGCACGGACCUGAACUGAACUACAUAUGGAUUGGGCUAAAACUGGACAAGUCCAGAGAAUCAAAGCAAGCACUUCAAUUUCCUGACAGGAAGCCCCAACACAUUAACUGUAGACCUCUUAUAACAGUCACUUUCAAGAAAGUACUUAAAAGUGCCAGCAGAUUGAGAUGGGGGUUAACAGUUUAUCUGCCACAAACAAAUCUCUGAACCAGACAUGAAAUCACUAUGACCAAUAAAGAGGGGGUCAUUGUUCUAUGGUUUUUGCAUGAUGGGAUCUGAAAGGGGCUACAGUUGCAUCUCAUCUAGUUGAUCUUGUAAAACCUGUUCAUAGUGUGCAAACUUCUUGAUGUGGUGCUGAACCCCCUCGGGUUUGUACAACUUGCGAAACAAGAAUGAUAACUGCAUUUACAAUAUUUGUUCCUGCAUUUCUUUAUAUCUCAUCUCAUCUUUUUUUUUUUUUUUUUUUUGCAGCAACCACUGUUUAAAAGGCUUAAUGAUACUAAUACAGCUUAUUAUAUUGCCUUUAUGAUCCUAUCUCUUUUGGGUAGAACUGCUAAACACUAAUUAUUACAUGUCUGUGUUUGUAUCGAUAUGCACUACAGACAAAGCCUUUCCCCACUUGGACUAAAACACAUACAAACGCUUUUUCUUAUACAUCUGGGCCUGUCAAAUGUUAACGUGAUGACAUCAUGCCGAUGGGAAACCAUUUGAGAUCUCCCUGUUUUGGACUAAACUGUAGUAAAGAGACCCAUGACAAACUAAUUUGCUUACUCUGGAUCUGGUUUGACAGACGCUCUUUGAAUGCACAGCUUUCCCUGAGAGACCCGGACGAAGCACCUCCAUGUGUAUGUAACUAGGAUGAUGGAUGGAAGGGCAGAUGUGUUUAUAAAAGGCUUCAUGAGCCUUCGCACUUAAAAAAAAAAGAAAACAAUACACCUGCUUUUCCUCUUCAGACUGGGUCAGGUGCAUGGCAGUCUACCCUAAACUUGACCCAAAUGCUUUUCUUUGAAAUCACAGUAUGACAGUCCAAGGACAUUGACACAUUCUGUGAUCUUUUUCGAGCAAAAUAAAAUUCUAUCUGUUAUUAUAAA